AUGGCGUCCGCAGUUGAAUCAGACGGGUUGUCCGUCACAUACUCGUCUGGCAGGGAAGGCCCGGCGGAUCUACGAUUCCUACACUACAACGACGUGUAUCAUGUCGAACCAGGUUCGUCAGACCCUGUUGGGGGCAUCCAGCGCUUUCAAUCUCUCGUCAACCAUUACCGAUCCGCUCCACAAUACGCCCAACUCCCCGAUCUUUUGACGUUUUUCUCCGGUGACGCCUUCAAUCCUAGCUUGGAGAGCUCGGUAACAAAGGGACGGCACAUGGUGCCAUUUCUCAAUAAUGCAGGAACGGACGUUGCUUGCAUGGGCAAUCACGAUUUGGAUUUCGGAGUCGCCCAAUUUCGUCAUUUGCGAAGUCAGUGUCAAUUCCCCUGGCUGUUAGCAAAUGUGCUUGAUCCUGCACUGGGCGAUGAUGUGCCUCUUGGGAACUGCCUGCGAACGCUCAUGUUGACCUCGUCUAACGGGGUCAAGGUUGGGGUUAUUGGACUGGGGGAGCGGGAAUGGCUGGACACCAUUAAUUCUCUGCCACCGGGUCUGGUUUACAAAUCCGCGUCUCAAACGGCCAUCGAGUUGGUGCCAGAGUUGAGAAAACAAGGUGCAGAGAUUAUCGUCGCCGUGACGCACCAGCGAGAACCAAACGACAAUAAACUCGCAGAAAAAAUCCCUCCCGGGUUGAUUGAUAUCAUUUUCGGCGGUCACGAUCAUUACUACUCACAUUCAUUGAUCAACGGGGUACAUGUUCUCCGUUCAGGAACCGACUUUAAACAACUAAGUUACAUCGAAGCAUACCGCAAAUCUGACUCGACCGGCUGGGAUUUCAAUAUAACUAGACGAGAUAUCGUGCGAUCAAUACCGAUCGAUGCACAAGCAGACGAACUAGUCACGAAACUCACGUCAUCGCUAAAAGCAAAACUCGAAAAACCGGUCGGCUACACUGCCUCCCCGCUGGACGGUCGUUUUACAACUGUGCGGACGCGCGAGUCAAAUCUCGGCAAUUUUGUCUGUGAUUUGAUGCGUUUCUACUACAACGCUGAUUGUACCAUAAUGGCCGCGGGCACGAUUCGUGGAGACCAGGUUUAUCCCCCGGGCUUGCUGCGGCUCAAGGACAUAUUGAAUUGUUUCCCCUUUGAAGACCCUGUAGUUGUGCUCAGGCUCUCCGGGAAAAGCCUCGUCGAUGCUUUAGAAAAUGGCGUCAGUCAGUUACCGGCGCUGGAAGGGCGAUUUCCUCAAGUUUCCAACAUUAACUUCGAAUUCACCGCCUCUGCACCACCGGGCAGCCGGGUAAACUGGGUGAAAGUUGGCGGACAGCCCGUUGAUUAUGAACGGAAAUACACCCUUGCCACGAGAGGCUACAUGGGCCGCGGCAAGGAUGGAUAUACGUCUCUACUGGUGCAGUCUGAAGGUGGCGAGGUGGAAGAGCUGGUCUCGGAGGAAAACGGGAUGCUCAUUUCUGCUAUUUUAAGGCAGUACUUUAUGAGUUUGAAAAUAAUGGGCAAAUGGCGGCAUAUGAGUGUGUCUCUACAUCGGCAUUGGGACGAUAUCCAUUCUCGAUUACUUGCCGAAUGCGGUGGCGGUUGGAUCAAGACCCCUUCUCCAGUGGUCGAGAAAAAGGAGAGCAGCUUAUGGAAUACAACGACGACAACAACAAAAGCUACUCACCACCACCAUGAUAUAAAACCAAAACGUCCCAAAGUGCACCGAUAUGGCCGUUACCACGACCGCAACAUGCAUAAACGGAUCCAUGCGCAUGCCGCCCAAGAUCAGAACAACGACGAGGAAAUUUCAUCGUCUGGUGCUCCUUCAAGUUCAUACCCUUCCUCUGAGGAUUCAUCAACGACAAACAUUCCCCACGUGAUGGAUUCCGAAUCAGACUCCGAGCCCGAGAUUCUAAUCUCAUCGUACGAGGAAACAAAUUAUGUUACAUAUACAGCUACUUCGUCAACGGACGAAGAAAACCGCAUGCGCCUUGCAAGAAAGGUUCUUAAGAAAUGGAUGCGGUUGGCCGGGGUGCACAGCAGUGGCUGUGUAGAAGAUGCGGGCGAGGAGUUUACGCCCUCUUGGACAUGGGGUAUUGCACCAAGGUGCGAAGGGCGAAUUUUGAUUAAGAGUAAAACCGCUGGUUCGGGCAGACGGGAGAAUAUUCCUAACGGAACUGCUUAA